GGGCAGGAAAGCUGACGUUUCAGGUUUACACCCUUCACCAGAACUUCAUGAGUCUUUCUGAAGAGGGGUCCCGAUCCGAAACGUCAGCUUUCCUGCUCCUCUGAUGCUGCCUGGCCUGCUGUGUUCCUCCAGCUCCACACUGUGUUAUCUCUGCAGUCAAAUUAUCUUGUUUUUUUAACUGAGAACUUUCGCUUUAAGGGCUCGGUCCUACCGAUGAAUUAUCAACCGAGACCAACCCGUGUGAUGAUCUCAACGCAUUAGGUUUACAUCCUGUUGAAUCUGACAGUUCUGAAUGUACGCGCUGUCCCGAAGGAACCGACUUUCAACAAGUGACCGGCGAACGCAAUGUCAGGGACGUGCUGCGUCAUGAGUGGGCGGUAGUGUUUUACAUAAAUGUCACCUCCCUGAAACUCCAUUGAGGGGUUGGAAAGUUUACAGGAGGUGCUUGUCAGAGAAGAGGAGGCUGACCUGAAGGUUCCAGUAAAAUAUUUGUGCAUUUUUUUCCUCCGUGGACAGUAGUUUAUAAGUAAUGGAUGCUUUAAAGUCGGCGGGACGAGCGAUCAUAAGAAGUCCCAGCAUCGCAAAGCAAAGCUGGGGAAGUAGCAAGCACAAAAAGUUACCAGAAAACUGGACAGAUACAAGAGAAUCACUACAGGAAGGAAUGAUAUUUAAUCUCAAGUAUUUGGGUAUGACGCUAGUGGAACAACCAAAGGGGGAAGAUAUGUCGUCUGCUGCUGUUCGAAGGAUUGUUGCUAUGGCCAAAGCAAGUGGGAAAAAAUUUCAGAAAGUCUCACUGACUGUGUCGCCGAGAGGAAUCAUACUGCAUGAUGGAACAAAUAAUGAACUAAUAGAGAAUGUCUCCAUUUACAGGAUAUCUUAUUGUACGGCAGACAAAGUACAUGAUAAAGUUUUUGCCUACAUUGCUCAGAGCCAGCUAAAUGAGACUUUGGAAUGCCAUGCUUUCCUCUGUACAAAGAGAAAAUUGGCUCAAGCAGUGACGCUAACAGUAGCUCAGGCUUUCAAAGUAGCUUUUGAAUUCUGGCAAGCUGCCAAAGAAGAGAAAGUGAAAAGGGCUGCAGUUGGGCCAUCAAAAAGCGGUGCCGCUGGCAAAUUGCAAUCAGAAGGCACUGCCAAUAGCCAUCGCCAAACAGAAGUAGCUACAGCAAAUUUGUUGGAUUUAACUGAAGGAGCAAUAUCAUUAUCGACAAACAAUAGACAUGAUCCUUCUCUUGGAGAUACAACUUGUUCAGUAAACAACAAUGUUAUGUGGGAACUAAAUGAUGACCUGGAUGAAGCUUUUGCGAGACUGGCUCAAUCUCGAACAAACCCUCAGCUCCUGGACAUUGGUGUGAGCCCUCAGGAUAUGCAGGCAGAAGAAUGCCUUUCUCCUACAGACUGGGAAAAAAGUGAUCCUGGAGUUACAGAUAAAGAUGAUUUGUUUGGGUUCUGAUAAUUUGAGAGCCAAAGAGAAUAGACCGCUUACCUACAAAAGAGGAAUUGACCACUGGAUGAAACCUAGCUUGGCACCUUCUGCUCUCAAGAUGCAAUGGUUCAAGAAUGAAACUUUGAUUUGAAUGGCUAUGUUGCAGGAUGACUGAAAUGGAGGAUUAAAUACGUUUGCCUUUGUUCCAGUGUUGCCUUUUGAGGAGGUCCAGACUAGAGUAAAUAGCCCUGACAUAAAAUCCAUUCAGGCUUCUGGACCCAACAAAGAGCAUAUAGUCUUGCCUUAGUAGACUGUCAAUUAGGCAAUGAGCUGCCUGUUCAUUUGGACUGAAGCUGUUGCUAGAAAUCAGUCCUGAAAGUACUACAAGUUUAUGACUAUAUAUUAGAUUUGUGUUAAAUAUCAUAAAAUGUCUUUUAUUUUUAAAGAAAUAUUGCUAUUUCCCAACUGAACAAGCGGCUUAUUGUCUCUUCUUUGUCUGCUGUUGUUACCCUAACAAUUUAAGGGGCCUCUUUUCAGCUUGCUAUGUGAGAGCAUCGAUGAAUGCCCUCAAUUGUUGCUUGGUAGACUUGCAGUUUGCAACUUCACAUGUAAGCUUUUGUUACAUUAACUAUGGGAAUGUGCAUAAACUGUAUUUAGUCUCUGCAUUUAUUGUAAUACAGUGUACUAUUAUAAUGAAUGUUAAUGUAUUUUAAGUCCACCUCAUUUACACUGCCCCACUGCCUUAGUUUUCAUGUUAAAAAUUUUACAAUUCAAUUCAAUACAGCACAAGAACAGAUCCUUCGGCCCACCAAGCUUGCACCAAUUCCCUAUCCUUAUUUAGACUUGCUACUUUAUUGCCCAGAUGCGGUUUCUAUUGCUGUUUGCCUCCCGUUCUAUCUUAAGGCAUAUCUUGAUAUUUUAGAUAGUUUAAAGUGCUGUAAAUGUGUCUGCUUCCACUGGCAGUGCAUUUCAGGCACCUACCACACUCUGUGUGAAAACUUUUCCCCGCACUUCUCCCCUAAACUUUUCCCCCUCUCACCCUAAACCUGUGCCCUUUUUGUAGUUGACCUUUCCACCCUGGAAACAAGCCUCUGACUAUCCACCCUAUCUAUGCCUGGCAUAAUUUUGCAGACCUCAGUCAGGUCACAUUUCAGCCUCUGUCUUUCCAAUGAAAACAAUCCAAGUUUAUCCAACCUCUCCUCAUAACUAAAAUCGUCCAGAUCAGGCAAUAUCUUGGUAAAUCUUCUCUUACACCCUCAAAGGCAUCCACGUCCUUCUUGUGGUGUAGUGACCAGACCUGCAUGCAGUAUUCCAAAUGUGGCCUCACUAACUUUGUACAGCUGUAAUGUAACUUGGCAACUUUUAUAUGCAAUGCCCAGCUGAUGAAGGGAAGCAUGUUGUAUGCUUUCCUGACCACCUUGUCCAUCUGUGCUGCCACUUUCAGCGAUCUGUACGCCCAGAUACCUCUCUGUUAGUGUUCCUAAGAGUGCUGCCAUUUAUUGUUUAUUUGAUCUUCCAAAAUGUAUCACCUUGCAUUUGUCUGGAUUAAACUCCGUCUGCCAUUUCUGUGCCCAAAUCUGCAAUCUAUAUCCCUUUGGCAAUCCUCCUCACUAUGUGCAACCCUGACAAUAUUGGUGUCAUCUGCAAACUUACUUAUCAGACCUCCUACAUUUUCAUCCAGAUCAUUUAUACACGUCACUGCAAACAAAAGGUCCCAGCACUGAUCCCUGUGGAACACUACCCUUCCAUUGGUGCUGUCUUCUUUGACCAAGCAAGUUUUUGUUUCCAUCUAGCUAGCUCAUCACAGAUCCCAUGAGACUCUACCUUCUGUACCAGCCUGCCAUGAGGUAUAUUAUCAAAUGCCUGACUAAAAUCCAUGUAGACAACAUCCACUGCCCUUUCUCAUCAAUCAUUCUUACCAUCCCGUCAAAAAUCAAUCAAAUUGAUUAGACACUAUCUUUCUGCACAAAUACAUGCUGCCUGUCAUGAAUAAGUCCAGUCUCUUCCAAUUUUGCAUAAAUCCUGUCUCUCAGUAUCUUCCCCAACAGCUUCCCCACCAUUAACAUUAGGCUCACUGACCCCCUACUGUUUCUGAUCUUAAACAAAUGAACAACAUUGGCCAUUCUCCAGUCCUCUGGAACCUUGCCUGAUGCCAAAGAGGAUGCAAAUAUAUCUGUUAAGGCCCCAGCUGUUUCUUCCCUUGCCUCCCACAGUAUGCUGGGAUAGAUCCCAUCUGGCCCUGGGGACUCGUCUACCUCAAUGUAUUUAACACUUCCUCCUUCAUUAUGUUUUCCUGCCCAAGAGUAUUACACACCAUUCCCUAACCUCAACAUCCCUCACAUCCCUGUCUUCAGUGAAUACUGACAUAAAGUACUCAUUAAGGAUCUCACCCAUUUCCUAUGGCUCCACGCAUAACCUCCCUCCUUUUAUCCUUGAGUGGGCCUACUCUUUUCCUUAGCUACCCUCUUGCUCCUAAUGUAUGUAUAAAAUGCUUUCGGAAUCUCCCUAACCCUGCUGGCCAAGGAUAUUUCAUAGCCUCUUUUAGACCUCCUAACUCCCCAUUUCGAGCUCCUUCCUACUUUUUCUAUAUUCUUCAAGGACUUUGUCUGUCUGUUUUUAGUUGUCUAGACCUUUUGUCAAAACAAAAGGAAGCAUAACUAAGCUGAUAAUUUCCCCUGUCAUUCAAGGUUCCUGAAUCCUACCAUUCCCAUCCUUCAUUUUCACAGGAACCUGCUUAUCCUGCGCUCUGAUCAACUGGUCUUUUAAAAGACUCCCACAUGUCCAAUAUGGAUUUACCCUCAAACGGCUGCUCCCAGUCCACAUUCUCCAAUUCUUGCCUUCAGUUACAGUUGGCCUUCUCCCAAUUUAACUGUUUCAUCUGAGGUCCACUCUUGUCCUUAUCCGUAAGUAUCUGAAAACUUAAGGAAUUAUGGUCAGUAUUUCCAAAUGCUCCCCCACUGAGACUUUGGUCACCAAGUGACCAAUAGCAGGUCCAAUAUGGUCCCUGUCCCUCAUUGGACUAUCCACAUACUAUUUCAAAAACUCUCCUGGAGUUUUCUGACGUUUGUUUUCCAAAGUUUUGAAGUGUGAAAACAUAACUCCCUACACAUUUUUUUAAUGGGAUAAAUAGAACCUAUGCUUUUUUAAAAAUUUAAGUGUCAGAUUCAAAAGCUUCAGUUUACAUCCAGUGGAUGCAUUCCUGGUAGAUACUCGUAUAAAACAUGAGCAAAUGAGAGUGACACCAAGUCUAUUGUAAUAUGAUGUACCCCUGUUAAUCAUGUGGGAAAUCUGUUGCACAUCCUUUUUUUUAAUGGACUGAAAAGGAGUACAAGGUAUAACACGCAAAAGUAUUUAAAAAUCAAUUUUAAAUUUAUAAGCAGUUUUGUAGCACUGUUUCAUUUUAAGGAUAAUUGGCACACAUCCCGUAGCAUGUAAAACAGCAUAAGUAAAGUACUCUCAUCUCACUCUAAUGGUCAGAACAGACAGCUAAAAUCCAGACAAAUUAACAUUGCUGUUAGGCUCUUAACAGAGAAAGGAAUGAAAUGGUGCUCUGCAUUUGCUCUCCUUUUCUCGAUGUUUCUCAUUAUUGAUCAGAGCCCAAAAUUGCUGGCAUAGCAUUACUUUGGGUUUUCUCCUCAUCCAAUUCUACCAAUGGAGACUAGACCAUUUUAAAGCGUCUAAAAUGGUCACAAUUGUAGUUCAAUCCAAGCUGCCUUUUAUGUAGAAUGAUUCCCAUUUAACAAUCUGGCAUUCUAUUACUAUAGUAAACCUAUUAUUUUACAUGGCAUCUACUGGAGUUUUUAAUGAUGCACAAUGUGGUACUCAACUGUAUAUUUCUUAAUGGAAAGAUUUUUAUGGAUUAUAACAGAAUGGGUUGAGACUUGUUAUUCUGGAAUGUUUGGUUUUGGAAUUUGAGUAAACUCCAGUGUGACAAAUCCCACACUGCAAGAUCAAGCGUUCACAAUAUCUAGUAGAGAACUUGUGCUUUUUAAUGAUGGUAAUAUUGUUGGCACUUUUUGACAAAUGUAUAAUAAACGCACUACUGUUAAAAUGGA